UAUUGUUCAAGAUGGCGGCCACCUUCAAUUUCAGUAAAGAAACGCCCCCGGAUUCUAUGUUCAGUGACAUACAGACACUGAAUAAAUUCCAGAAUGAACAAUUCACUCAACUUGUGGAGUAUGUGUUCCUGUUUCUCAUUGAACCGACAAAGUCAUCUCGUCUAUUGUCACAGCUUGAUGAGUUUGCAGAACAAAAUGGCGUCGGAGCUGGCGCCCUGAAGAAUGUCUUCAAAAGUCUCCUCUCAUUGCCAAAUAGUGCCCUGAAGAAGAGCUUGAGUCCAGCCCAGGUCAAAGAAGAUCUUGUCAACUUAGGUUUAUCAGAAGAGAAAGCCGACUAUUUCACAGAGCAGUACAAGAACAACCUGGUGUCCCUGUCUCACAGUGCGCUGGGCCAGACUCUCAUGGUCAACCAGCUGGUGGACAUGGAGUGGAAGUUUGGAGUUACAGCAUCAAGUAGUGAGCUUGACAAAGUAGGAAACACCUUUCUUCAGCUGAAACUAGUUAUCAACACAGGAAAUGGAGCCAAGAACACAUAUAUGGAACUAUCAUUGCCACAGUUUUACUCAUUCCUGCAUGAGAUGGAGAAGGCUAAAGCGAGUCUAGAAUACCUCAGCUAGUCCUUGGGACAUGAUGCAGUUAUCUCCCUUGGUGGUCAGCACAUGGACCUAUCCUCGUUGAAGUUCAACAAUUGUCACUCACGCAUGGCUGAUUUAGGGUGGAAUCAUGAUGUUGACUACUGUUUGUUUGUUUGUUUGUUUGUUUGUUUAACACCGCACUCAGCAAUAUUCCAGCUAUAUGACGGCGUUCUGUAAACUAUCGAGCAUAAGCCAGACAAUCCAGUGUUUGCUAGUUUGACUUUGUGAGAAUAUGCAGAUAAACCUACCGUGUUUUAAAUUUAAAGAGGUUUCUGACAUAAAAUCCAUUCAUGUUGGAGAACAAAGGGUAGAAACUGAUAAUAAACAUAUAUAUAUACACAAACUUGUAUAUGUGUAUGGACUUUGGGUGAAAGAAAGAAGUGCUUUCAAAUAAAUAUUUUUGUCAUGGUCUGCAAUAAUCUGAGUAUAAUGUAGAUUAAAUCCUGUCUUAAGGUAGAAUUGGUAUCUCUUAAGGAGAUAAUAAUUUUAUAGAUAAUAUUUUGUCAAAAGGGGUACUGCAUAUCAUUCAUGAAUAAUUUGGUUGGGUAAUCGACUGAAGAUUCAUGACCGUUGUACAUUUAUAGAUUUAAUGAAGACUUGAUGAUAACCCAACGACACCUGACACUGCUUGUGAGUGAGUGAGGGUGAGUGAGUGAGUGUGGUUUUACGCUGCUUUUAGCAAUAUUCCAGCAAUAUCACAGCGGGGUACACCAGAAAUGGGCUUCACACAUUGUGCCCAUGUGGGGAAUCGAACCCAGGUUUUCAACAUGACGAACAAACGCUUUGACCACUCCCACUGUUUGUGACAAAAAUAUGUGACACACGAAAACAAAUACCCAAUACUGCUUACUUUACAGUAAUUCUCCAACAUACAGUUGCAGGGCUGUUGUUUUUAAUAGAAAUGGAAAAGGCCAACCGACCCUAUUCUUAAAUUAGGAAUGAGUGGCAACAGAACCAUGUUUUGGACAAGGCCUUGUGCAGCAUAGUCUUUAGUCUCUUAGCCGGUUGUUAGCAGUGCUUAGGACAACUCUAUAGUCUCUUAGCCGGUUGUUAGCAGUGCUUAGGACAACUCUUUAGUCUCUUAGCCUGUUGUUAGCUUAGGAAUAGGAAGCUGAGACUAAGCUCCAUGUUAUUGCCAUAGUCAGGGUUAGAAUCACGGUCCAGAGUUUUUAUGUUAAAGUUAAACAAGCCAUGAGUUAGGCUAAAAAAAUAGUAGUCUCUAUUCUCAGGCACUGCAUGCAUCAUCAUUAUGUCCGCCGCAUUCCCCCCCACCCACCCCCAAAAAAAUCUUUAAAUAUUCCAUGUCUCGAACACACAACCCUGGCAGUAAAUUGCUACAAUACUUAAUCACAUGUUUUUGUCGAAAUUAUUUCAAACUAAAUUAAGUUACAAAACUAGCUUGAACAACCAAAAAAACAAAACAACCCUGCCCCUCCACAAAAUAUUUUCAAAAGCCAUUGACUGAAACCAAUUCUUUUAUUUUUUUAAGCCUAACCUGCACUUCAUGGGCAUACUUUGUAAUUGUAAAAAUGUCUAUGUAUUGUGUAUAUUCUCGACAUCAUUGUAUUAAAUAAACUGUAAAAUUUG